AUGUCAUCAUACCGCGACGAGCCGCGCGGCUCUGGAAGAGGAGGAUACCCGCACGACCGGGACGCGCGCGACCGCAGCCGGUCCCCUGGUCGGCGGUACGACGACCGAGACCGUGAUCGUGCCGACCGGAGCGAGCGGUACGACCGCCCUGACCCGCGCGAGCGUUCAUCGCGUGGAGGAUAUCGCGACGGGCCCCCUCGCGGCGAGCGUGAUCCGCCGCCGCACCGCGCAGGCUAUGGGCGCGACGAUGACCGCGAGCGCGGGUACGAGCGCAGCGGCGGAGGCGGGAGGUACGACCGCGACGGGCCGCGGGGGUAUGACCGGAACGGGCGCGACGGUGGCCGUAGCUACGGUGGCGGCCGCGACGCCGACCGCCCGCUCGACCGCCGUGCGAUCGAGGAGGGCCGUCGCAGGCGAGAGGAGGAGCGUGCCGCCGGCAUCAAGUACGCUGCGGACGGGAGCCGGAUCGUGCCGGAGGAAGAGAAGGACGAGUCGGCCGACGCGACGCCGGUGCCCGAGGGCGAGGAGAUGGACGACGAGACGGCCGCUAUGGCGUCCAUGAUGGGCUUUGGCGGCUUCGGGACGAGUAAGGGCCAAGAGGUCGAAGGUAACGACGUCUCGGGGGCAAAGACGCACAAGAAGCGCACUUGGCGUCAGUACAUGAACCGUCGCGGCGGUUUCAACCGCGCGCUCGACAAGAUCUAG